ACUAGCGGCACUGCAGCCGUGGCGGCCAUUUUGUGGCACUGCUGCGUCGUCGUCGGCGGUUGUUUGGGUUCGGUAACGGGACCUAGCGGGAAGACUGACUUCCACGCUCUCACCUUUUUCCGUGCGGAGAACCCGUUUGAAUGCUUAUAUGGGCCUAUGGUCUGUUACACUCCUCUGGUGAGGUGACACUGUCUCCCUGGCAGCUAUUUCUGCAGUGGCACUCAGAGCCAUGGCUGAGGGGAAUAAAAGAAACGGCUUAUAACAAAAUGAGAAAACAUCCACCAAACAGAAGAGGUAUCAGCUUUGAAGUGGGAGCCCAGUUGGAAGCCCGAGACAGAUUAAAAAACUGGUAUCCAGCUCACAUUGAAGAAAUUGAUUAUGAAGAAGGAAAGGUGCUUAUCCAUUUUAAACGUUGGAAUCACCGCUACGAUGAAUGGUUUUGCUGGGACAGUCCUUAUUUACGUCCUUUAGAAAAAAUACAAUUAAGGAAAGAAGGAUUGCAUGAGGAAGAAGGAUCUUCAGAAUUUCACAUAAAUGAUCAGGUGUUAGCUUGCUGGUCUGAUUGUCGUUUUUAUCCAGCAAAGGUUACCUCUGUUAACAAAGAUGGAACUUACACUGUGAAAUUUUAUGAUGGUGUGAUUCAGACAGUCAAAAAUAUACACGUCAAAGCUUUUUCCAAAGAUCAGUCUGUUGUGAAUAAUUCAAAACCUAAGGAGAGAUGUAAUGAAAUUCCUUCAUCUCCUGAAAGAUGGGAAAAAUUUAAAGAGCAAAGGAAAACAGCUGAAAAUAAUAAGAAAGACAAGGAUGAAAAGCUAUUAAAGAUUGAACGAAGGUCUAAAACUGAUAAAGAAGGAAAACUAAUUGGUUCUUCAGAUAAAAAUAAAGUUUCUGAAAAAGCCCUAUCUAAAGAUGGGAAAGAAGACAAGGAGAAUAUAUCUGAAAAUGAUAGAGAAUUCUCAAUAGAUACCCAGAUUGAAAAAAAACCAGAAAAUGAUAGUGUGAAGGCCCCAUCAGAAAACAUCAAAGAAACUAAGCGACGACGUGGUAGACCACCUGUGGUGCCUCCAGCAGAACAAGGUUCUCAAACACUGCAGCCUAUAACUUUAGAACUGAGAAGACGAAAAAUUCCUAAAGGAGGAGAAGUCCCUUCAAAACGUCCCCGGCUUCAGAAGAAUAUGUCACAAGAGAAGUUGAAAAGUGCUCCAGACAGUGAAAAAGAUUCCAUAAAGAGACAAUCAAGACAUUCUAUUACCAGUAGCCAUGACACUUUAGAUAAUAGCAUUACCACACGAGUUCGGGAUGAAAUUGGGCCUUUUGAAGAAACUACUACAAAAGAAAUUAGUGAAGAUCUCUUAGAGGCUUGUGCUAAAUCUGACCAAAAGAUUACUGAAGAGUCAUCUCCACCUUCAGAAGUAUCUCAGGCUUCAAUAAAUGAUAGCAGAUUAAAGGAAGAGAACGUAGCAGAGUCUUCCUCCUCAUCCCAUUUGCAAGAGACUUCUGUCACAUCUGUUACAGUAAGCUGUUCUUCUAAGAGAAUUGAUGGUUUUACUGCUUCCAAAGCUGCAAUUGAACAUGAGCCUAAAUUUAGAUGCAAGUUCUUAGACUGUUCCAAAUCUUUUCGAAAAGCUAAACUGCUACAUUAUCAUAUGAAGUAUUUCCAUGGAAUUGAAAAAUCACCAGAACCACAGCAGAAUCCUGCAACAAGAAAUAUCCAAACAAGAGGUUCCUUGGCUUCUGAAAAGGCUAGUCAGGAAGGUUGUAACAGAAGGCGGACCACAUCUGGUUGCUUAUCUGCUAAAGAAAAGGAUAAAAACAAAGAAAAGAAACCCAGAAACUUUGGAAGAUCAAAAUCAAAGAAAAAGAAAAAGAAAAAAAAGAAAAUAAAAUCAGAACAUUCAGGAAGUGAAGAAAAUGUUGACUUUUCCCAAGAUGUUUCUCCUCCAAGGUCUGCCAUUACAACAAGAUAUAAUUCAACAGAUCGAUCUUGUGUGCAUUUGAGUACGCAAAUACAUAGUUCUGAUUCUGGGCAUCGUAAACAGAAAUUAAAAAUCACUGAAGAUGAUACGCUGAGUGAAUCAUCUGCAGAAAGUUUGUUUUGGAGUGAUGAUGACUGCAGUAGAGAUAUUGAUGUAACAACCAAUCCUGAUGAAGAUCUUGAAGAUGAUGAUAAUGACUUUGAAAUCGUUCGCUGCAUUUGUGAAGUAGAGGAAGAAAAUGACUUUAUGAUUCAGUGUGAAGAAUGUCUCUGUUGGCAGCAUGGAGUUUGUAUGGGUUUAUUAGAAGAAAAUGUACCUGAGAAAUAUACGUGUUAUGUUUGUCAAGAUCCUCCAGGCAAGCGAUCCAGUUUGAAGUAUUGGUAUGAAAAGGAAUGGUUAUGCAAAGGCCACAUGCAUGGUUUAGCAUUUUUGGGAGAAAACUAUUCCCAUCAAAAUGCUAAGAAAAUAGUAGCUACGCACCAGCUUCUUGGCGAUGUACAAAAAGUGAUAGAAGUGCUACAUGGACUUCAGUUGAAGAUGAGCAUCUUGCAAAGCAAGGAACAUCCUGACUUGAAACUUUGGUGUCAGCCUUGGAAGCAUCUCAAAAUAGAAGAAAAAUCUCAUACCACUAGACUCAUUCACAUUGAAGAAAACAGUUGCAAAGAGGAGACCACAAGUUAUAGAACUUUUAAUGGAACAGUUGAGAAACCUCCAACCAUUCCUUUUGUAGAGGAAUCUUAUAUCACUAGUGAGCAUUGUUACCAAAAACCUCGAGCUUACUAUCCUGCUAUAGAACAGAGACUUGUUGUAGAAACCAGAAAUUCGGACAUUGAUGAUGGUGUUAAUAGGAUAAGAGAAAAUGGAGAUGAUGCCGUAGUGGAGAGAUUAGGAUGGGAACUGGACAGAGAAAUAUGCAAGUUGGAAAAUGAAUCAAAACAUAACUACUCUAAGGUAAGAGAAAAAAUUACAUCAGAAGAAGAUACUGAAGUAAAAUUGCUUGAAAAAGACAAAGAUGGAAUUAUGAAUUCCCAGCUGCAGUGGCAGCUUAACCUUUUAACCCACGUUGAGUCCCUGCAAGAUGAAGUUACUCACAGGAUGGAUUUAAUUGAAAAGGAAUUAGAUGUUUUAGAGAGUUGGUUGGAUUAUACUGGGGAGCUGGAGCCACCCGAACCGUUAGCAAGACUUCCUCAACUGAAGCAUUGUAUAAAACAACUUCUCACAGACUUGGGCAAAGUACAACAAAUAGCACUUUGCUGUUCAACAUGAUACGAAAUUUCUGCUGGAUGGCUGGAGCCUGUCGUAUGUUGAGCACUCUCUAUUUUAAUGGAAUAGCAUGCUUGUUGCAUGGGACACAAAACUGACUUCAGGGAAUUAUUUAGGGGCAAGGGUUACUCUUCAUAAAAGUAAAGAGAUUGCCCUUAUCUUUUGUUCAGUUGGUCUUUGCUAGGCAUUUUUUAACAUUAUGGAAAGGGAUUUAUUCUUGUCUUCAAAAGGUAGGAGCAAGUUGGCAAAGGAUUUUUUUCAUUCCUUGUAUCAAGUUGAAAUAACCAUUAAUGUUCUUUGCAUAUAUAUACUGACAAAAUUGUGCCACUGGAGAACAAAGUUUUAAGAGCCAAAAAAUAAUUAGCAAUCCAAGGCUGUAGUUAACAUUCUACCUAGUUUAUUUAAGUGACUGAAUGUGUCAGAAACUCAUACUUUAUCCUAAUAGUUUAUGCAUAACUACAGUAUUUAAUCAAUAGAAAAUAUUAUUUUCAUGCCUAGCAAGUAUGAAUGUCUACUUUUAUAGUAAACUGUUACAAGAGGUUUGCAUAUAUGACCUGAAACUAAUCUACUAUUUUAAAUAGAUGUAGUAGAAGGUCCCAAUUUGGUUGCACUUCUUUUCUUAGUAAAUUAUCAUUUCCCAUAUUUAUCAUGUCAUUGUAGCAUGAUUCUCAUGGUACUGGGACACCCAUUUAUGUUGAGCUUCUGUGCAUUCUUGAAUUUCUAAAUCUGGCCAUGCUGUGCCUCCCAUGACCUAGUACUGAUGACAUAUCCUGAGUGCAGGGUAUAAAAGUGUCUACACAAGGAAGGGCGUGCUGUAGAUUCAGAUCUAGCCAUGGCCAAUGAUGGUCAUGGUAUUGUUUUCUUCCCUACUGUUAAUAAUUGCCAUUCCGGUUAUAGUUUGAAACAUAAUCUUUUCAAUAUUAUAAAUGUUUCAUUGUAGAUACUUGUAAAGUGUGGUUUUGGGAAUCAGUUAAUUUUAUAUUUGUGUAUAACAAAGAGUCAAGGUCUAUGCAUGAGGUACUGUUCCCAAAGGCAAUGGGACAUUAUGUUAAACAAUGUUUUUGAAACCCCUUUUUGUACUUUUAUUUUUAGUUUCCUUACUAGCAUUAUUUGUGAGAUCAAAGUGAAGAAAUGCUGCUUACAUCGAAGCUACGUUAUAUAGUAGCUUUUUGAACAUUGGUGUAUUGUAACUAUUUUAUAUGUUUAAGAAUAUCAUUUGCCUGGAGAUCAUAUUUCCAUCACUACUUCUUUUUUGUUAGAUAACAUCUGGGACAAGAAAUUACUUUGAGGUGGACAGAAUAGGAUAUUUUUGCAUUGGGUGUUCUGAAUGUUGGACUUUUCCUACCUUGAUAUUGGAGUUGUUUUUGACACCACCAAAGUUUAAAUUAAAGCACAUUUGUGAGUUGAAGACCUGUUUAGUGUACAAAUUGGUAAUUAUGAAUAAAAUCCGUAAUGUUUAUAUGCUGCAGAAUUAUGUAGAUUUCAGUUAUCUAGUGUUUGUCAUAGAAGUAACAGUUUUCUGACCAGCUUAUCUCAUUUAAAAACAGUCCACUAUUUUGCAUUCUGACAGAGACUUUAUUCCAAGACUAAUUUCAGGGAAUAAUUUGUCUCCAAUUAUUUAGCUCGUAUAGGUUGUAAGUACAGCAACUGUACAGCAGAUAAAAAUUAUUUUGCUGUAAUAAAUUGGAAUAAAGUUUGUGAUUGUU